GUUUAAUAAAAUGCAUAUUUCGUUUCCAUUUAGCAUAUUUCUAAUUUGUUUCGCAAUAAUCUUGCACAACAAAAAUGUUAACUCAUCAUUCCCUGAGUUACGGGAGUUUGCGGGCAACGCUAUUCACAAAAUCAACAAGAUCGCUACAGGGAUAACCGAUAGAAUUGCAGGUGUCGUCAAGCCUAACAGGAACCAAGAGGUCGAUUAUUUGCCUAAUGAUGGACCGGCUCAUCAGUUAUACGACAAACAUCGAGAGAGACACAGCGAAAGGUUGACAAAGAUCUGCGAGUUCUUCAGACACGGGCGCCUCCAUAGGAGACCAUGUAAUGGAAGGCAUGGCAGACACAGAGAUAGAGACAGAUAUAGGGAGGAAGAGAGGGAAAGAGAGCGCGAGAGACAACCGGAGAGAGAGAGCAACAAAGAUAUUGAUAAACUACCCACAGAGGAAAUAGUGAGUGGAAAGCCGUGUCAAACAAAUGAUGGCUUAGUUGGCACGUGUGAGAGCGCGACCUAUUGUUUCAGUCAAUUCAAUGACAUGAAAGACUAUGUGUCCAACCGGUGCCCACUUUCUAACGGCGCUCACGGAAUCUGUUGUCCUAAAGAAGUGCGAAAACCAAUCGAAAGUCGCUUGCCGAUCCGAAUACCACUUCCUGUGAGGCCAUCCGCUAAAAUAAAACACAUUAGUUUGGAAGAUAUCGAUAGAGCGGCGGCAGAAAGUCAUCGAUUUAUUGAGAAUUAUAUCAGAACGGAAAGGGAGCUUAUUUCCAAAGGUGUGUUUCAAAGGCACGGAUCAACUCAAUCGCAACAUCAGGCAUUCUUCGGGCCAUUCGAUGAAAAUCAGUUCCAACUGACAAAAGGAGGAUUCAUUAAUCUGUUGACUACUGUUAAAAUAAAAGAGAGAUUCAAACUAACCAAUGAAGAGGCCAGGGAUGGACUCUGGAAGUACUCACUGGAAAACACUGAACUGGAAAAGUAUUGCAUUCAAGAGCCGGUUUGCAAACAAUCCAAAUACAGAUCGGCUGACGGGAGCUGUAAUAACCUUCAAAGACCUCUUUGGGGCAAAUCUAACACUCCGUUUGUCCGCCUAAUACCGCUAGUUAUUUCAGAGGAUAUGGGUCUUCAUGUGAGAAAAGUCCGGUGCGAAGAGAGGUCUACAAAGACUUCAUUAAAUUUGGUUCAGAUGUGUGCGCUGUAA